GUUACUAUGAAGCAAAGCUGAUUGACUGAAGUCCACCUUAAUAGUAAAGGGUAGACAAGUCUGUCUGCUCCCACUGUCCCAAUCCAUGAUAAUGUCUCUCGCAGCAGCGCUGAAAUGCCAGGAGCUCAUGUUGAAAUCGUAAUCCCUUUAAAAAACCCAUCGAGAGCCCGUUCAAUAGAAUGCUUCUAAUAAUUAUUUAGUCUUACAGAAUAUUUUACCAGAAAGGUCCAUCAGCGUUAUUCAAAUAAAACAACGGCACAUGGUAAUCUGGACCCUAAAACUGUUAUUUUUGUUAACAUUUGUAUCGGCGAGGACGUCAUAGUCUGACCCCAGAUAUCAACGACUAUGUACAGGCAGUCGUAUAAAAGCUUGCGAUUAGUUGCGCACGCUCAGUAUCUACUUGAAUGUACGAAAAUGAAGAUGCACGUGUUCUUAGUUAUUUUGGUGGCACUAGCGCGUGUCUCCGUCCAAGGGUUCGAUUUGUUCGGAAGCUCGAGAAGCCUCGUCAAUAACUUCGAAGACGCUCGUAACUACAUCGAAACGCAAAAAGAUAAGGUCAUCGAAGAAUGGUCCUCCUACAUGGAAGACAUAAAGCUGUCGAGCUCGUGGACGAACUUCUUAGAAGAUAAAGAGAAUCCGUCCUUGGAAGACCCCGACGUGGUGCUGAGCGUGCCCGCGAUGAUCACGCGGCGUGGCUACCGCUGUGAGACCCACUCGCUCAUCUCCCAGGGAUACGUGUUAAACAUUCACAGGAUACCGCAGGCUCGAAGCGGCGGCGACACUCCAUCGAAUACCGUGAUACUUCAGCACGGCUUGUUUGCGAGCUCUGCCGACUGGGUCCUGAACGGGCCUGGAAAAUCCUUAGCCUUCGUGUUGGCGGACGCCGGCUACGACGUCUGGAUGCCAAACAUAAGAGGUAAUAGAUAUUCGAGGGAGCACACCACUUUAAAGAGCAGUUCGACUCAAUAUUGGAAUUUCUCGUGGCACGAGGUCGCCCAGCACGACAUCCCGGCCAUCAUAGACUAUAUCAGGGAGAGGAAGGGCUCGGACACAAAGAUCGCGUACAUGGGCCACUCGAUGGGUUCCACGAUGCUGUUCGCGAUGCUGGCGCUGCGGCCGGAGUACAACGCGGUGCUGCGGGCGGGGCUCGCGCUCGGCCCCGUCGUCUACUUGUCUCAUAUCAAGUCGCCGGUCAAAACGCUAGCUCCGGUUGUCGCCAACGCGGCAAGAAUGAACGUUAUUAAAAACGGCGAAUUUGUGCCGAAACAGUCUGGCUUCGGACAAAUGAUGAGCGCGUGCAGCUCCGACGACGUGGACACGUACGUUUGUAAAAACGCAAUAUUCUUCAUCUGCGGCACCGACGAGAAGCAGUUUAACAAGACGCUGCUGCCGGUGUUCCUGUCGCACCUCGGGACCGGCACGUCCAUGAAGACCAUCCUUCACUUCGCGCAGGAGAUCGACGCCGCGGGACGCUUCCAGCAGUUCGACUACGGACCCACCAAUAAUAUGAAAAUAUACAAUUCAGAAACUCCACCAGAAUACGAUCUGCGCAAAAUCACUCUUCCCAUUUACCUGCUGUACUCAAGGAAUGAUUUAUUGUCUAGCGAACAAGAUGUUGAUAAACUGUACCAAGAUUUGGAAACCAGAACAGAAAUCUACCUCGUACCGGACCCUGAGUUCAACCACGUGGAUUACCUGAUGGCGAACGACGCUCCGAGACUCUUGAACGACAAGGUGUUGCAGUUCUUGCUCGCAGCUUUUGCGGACCACCAAGGACCUGAUCGUCACAUGGGAACUCGCGAGUCAGUCCGCCAAUACAAAGCAUCACGUAAAGUGUUGAACACGUGAGGCGGGGGGCGACCGUGGAGAGCGGGCCCGCUACAGCAUCCUGUCCACUUGUUGCGAGCCCUGCUCAGAAUUAUUGGUUUAAUUUCAUUAUUUCUGACAGUUGUCAUGGUCACAUCGACACGUGGUCCAAUUAUACAUCGACCAUUAUAAACAAUCAAAACCAAUCCUAACCGGUUCAAUACGUGGCACUUAAUAACCUCCGCGACAAUAGAUAUGUACAAGACAUAUUAUUAUGUAUGUACAUAAAUAUGUACGUAGUACGGCUCGACAGAGGGAACGUCCCUGUGAUAAUGGAUUUAACGGCCAUCUGGUGUAGUGGUAAGUGACAUGGUCACUACAUACGGGGGUUGCGGGUUCGAAUCCUGCCA